CCGUUGAUCCGGUGCUGCAGUGAGGAGGUGGUUCUCGCCCGUGUUGUGUGUGUGAGAGAGCGAGUGAGUGAGUGAGUGAGUGAGUGAGUGUGUGUGUGUGUGUGUGGGGGGGGACUCGGCUUGUUGUUGUCGGUGACUUCCCCCUCCCCUUCACCCCUCCCCCUUCCCCGCCGCCGCUGCAGUGGCCGCUCCCUGGGCCGUAGGAAAUGAGCGAUAACGAUGACAUCGAGGUGGAGAGCGACGAAGAGCAACCGAGGUUUCAAUCUGCGGCUGACAAACGGGCUCAUCAUAAUGCACUGGAGCGAAAACGCAGGGACCACAUCAAAGACAGCUUUCACAGUUUGCGGGACUCGGUCCCAUCACUCCAAGGAGAGAAGCAACAGGCAUCCCGGGCCCAAAUCCUAGACAAAGCCACAGAGUACAUCCAGUAUAUGCGAAGGAAAAACCACACACACCAGCAAGAUAUUGACGACCUCAAGCGGCAGAAUGCUCUCCUGGAGCAGCAAGUCCGUGCACUGGAGAAGGCGAGGUCAAGUGCCCAACUGCAGACCAACUAUCCCUCCUCAGACAACAGCCUCUACACCAACGCCAAGGGCAGCACCAUCUCUGCCUUCGAUGGGGGCUCAGACUCCAGCUCGGAGUCGGAGCCCGAAGAGCCCCAAAGCAGGAAGAAACUCCGGAUGGAGGCCAGCUAAGCUAAGCGGGGCAGGCCAGCAAUAAAAACUGUCUGUCGCCUCUGUCGUCUCAUCCACUUUCAGUUCAUCGUUAGAACCCUCAGAACCAUUUAAGAGACUCUUUAUUUUUCUUACUCUUUUUUUUUUUUAAUUUUUAUUUUUAUGUAGAAGCUCUUGGACAACAGCUGUCGUUCUACUCCUCCAUUUCCACUACUUUUUUUUUUAUUUUAAACAUUUUCCCUUCAGGGAUUCCCUGUUCCCACCAGGAAUUUUUAAACCAAAACACCCCAACUUGGCAGCUUUUUCUGUGGAGGACAGACGGCCGGCCGGACCUCUGAGCACAUGGUGUCCUAACCGCCCUACCAGCUUCUCCAGCCCUGCCGGGCACCACCACCUGGAGGACUCCUUCCCCUCAUAGGCCUCUCCUCCCGGUCCGCCCUCACCUCUACUUGAUAGACUUUGUGAAUCUGUGAACUGCUCUACUUUAAGAAGACCAUCGGUUUGGAAUAAUCAGAAUUAUCCCCACUCCCCCUUUUUAAGGAUUUUUUUUUUUUCCCUAAAAAGCUAUUUAUCACUCCUGUUAAAAGACCAGAUCCUUGAGGAAGUUGGUGGUGUAAAAGGAAAGUGGGGACAGGUUUGCAGAGCAGAGUCUUUGGCAUGUUUCACUGCUGCUUCUCCCGCAGCGGUUCUAAGCCUGCGUGGCAGCCCUGCGGGGGCUCCAUGGCCCUCUGGUGUGCGUGGGAGAGAGCAACCGUGACGCGUCAGCCACCAGGGAGUUGGUAGGGGGUGGCUU